CACACAACCAAUGUAUGCUUAACCAGAUGCAUUGAUAGCUGCAGAACCGUUCUCCCAGAGAGCGUGCUGCCAGCUCCUAUAUCCCUUCGACCGCGAACGUGCAACAGUGACAUCUUGGGCCCCACACCACCCCUGUCGCUAGCGCGAUGGAUCUAAUUGACCCAAUUGAAGAUUGUAUUACAGUUGCCGUCGAACAGGAAGAUUUGGCUGCCGCCUGUACGGGCAGCUGCGAGCGCGAGCCCUGCGAUGCAGCUUCUUGGCUGCCCAACGAGCCCCCGACCGAGGAAUCUGGCGACGAUUCCGGCCACCCUUUUGCACCUUUCGACGUGCCCGAUCGCGAGCCUACUAUUUCGAGCCUCCCCGAGCGAGCUGUUGGUUUAUUUCAGCUAUUCGUCCCUAGGCACGUCGUCGAAACCUGGGUCAAGUGGACGAACGAAUCGCCAAUCCCCGGCCCUCAGGGCCCGGCGCAAAGUCGGUCGAGAAAGCUGGCCUGGCAUCGGUUUCCUCGUUUCCUUGCCCGCGAUCGUUUCGAGAUCCUACAUCGACGGCUACGUAUCUUCGACCCAGCAUUGUUCGACUGCCCACCACAACCAGAACAACAGCAGCAGCAGCAGCAGCAGCAGCAGCAGCAGGGCCGGCGGCGGAAACGAACUUCCAAAGAUCCCGCCAACGAACCUAAUAUCCCAAAGGUUUACCGUCAGGUUGACGAGUGGUCCAGAUUGAUCCAGCAUGUCUCGACGCAGCUAUACGUCCCGGGUUCGCGAUUAACAGUUGACGAAUGCAUGGUCCGGCUAUUUCCUCCGGUGGAUUUGGCACGUCCAUCACAAAGGCCCGGCCGGCACGGCGCCCUCGGCGCGGAAACGGCGUUGUAUAAGGCACGGCAGGCACGGUAGGGAGCAGCAGGGCCGUUAUCCCCGUCACACAGGUUGUUCCUUUAGAAGAUAAAGGCCUCAAUCCGACCCAAGCCGUGGUUAUUACCUUAUUGAAUCUGCUACAAAAAGCUAGAUAUCACGUAUUCCCAGAUAACCUCUUUCCAACUCCAAACUUGCUACGAGUCCUUCGUAGUUAAGGAUUUGGUGCUACGGGCACCUGCCGUACAAAUAGCGGUAUUCACGCAGUCCUCGUAGCACUUAAGGCGUCCGAAAUGAAAGAUCUUCCGUGGGGGGAACUCAGAAUCAUCCCUACAGCCGAUGGACAGGUAUCUCUUCUUUCUAGCUUCUCUCUAGCUUCUCUCUAGCUUCUUUCCGGCUUCU